AUGAAGCAUCACCAUGGGUUUCAUGGAAUUCUACCUUGAGAUUGACCCCGUGACCCUGAACCUCAUCAUCUUGGUAGCCAGCUAUGUCAUCCUCCUUCUCGUUUUCCUCAUCUCCUGCAUCCUGUACGACUGUCAGGGGAAGGACCCCACCAAGGAGUACGCCCCCGCGCCCCCUGCGCCACCCAGCCAGUCGCCCAUACGCCUGGUGAUCAUGCAGAACUCUCCUACCUCGUCUCGCUGUGAGCGGCAGAGCAGCCAGAGUCAGACCCAGAACCAGAACAACAUGGCUCCUCCAGAACCCAGCAGGAACGACUACGAGCCACCAGCGCUGACGCCCACCUCAGACCUGGGGAGGAAGAAGAGAAGCACCCUGGUCUGACAAGGAGAGGGGAAUGAG